GCCGGGUUUCUCCUCAUUCAGGCGGCUGGGGGGAUCAAAAGAGCGCACCGAAGCAUGGGUGACAGUUUGGAUGAGAACUUCAGCCUCACAGACGACAAGUCGUCAAAGAUCUCUGCCCUCGCAAGGCUGCUCAAGAGGAAGAGGGCGGCCGCGGCCACAAACACUCAUGGUGAUGGCGUAGCCAGGCCGAAGAAGGCGACAAAGAAGAAGAGAAAGAGCAAGGAGGAGGCCGACGAGAGGACAAGCUCGGGAGUGGCGCCUCCACAAAUGGGAUUCAAGGCAUUCCUGCGGACACGUGAGGAACGGGUGAAGUGAACGGACUCAUCGAUGAAUCAUGUCUGAAUGCGCGUUUGUCUGUAUGUGCAGUGUCACCUGGGGACUGCCGGACCCCUGAGGAUCAGCAACAGCUGCUCGAAAGGUAGGUUGCGCAGCCAGCCAAGGGGAAACGCAGAGGCUCAUUCUCAUUCGUUGCUCUGUCACAUUCGCGUAUGCCAUGCCAAUCAGGUGCAUCGACGGGCCGCCACACACCGACAACAGUGAAGAAGCACCAGGCGAUGAAGCGGCUGCCAAGACCAAACAACACAUACGUGAGAGAGGGAAGGCACACAAGGCACGCACAUCCAUCCCUGCGCACCCAUUCGAUUGAGCCUGUUCUCACUUGUGUGUGUGUGCCUGCAGUGGCUGGCGUGUCCUUUCUCGACCACUCCUCCCUCCCCCCUCCUCCCUCCUCCGGCCAUCUCCCAUAUAUCCCCCUCUGCGUCGAGGCAGCAGACAUCGAUCUCUCCUCACCCCAGCCUCCCGGUGGGCCUGGUGUGAUGGUGCUUGUUCUCACACACGCAGCCGCGCGGGCACAUGACAUCUCCCAGUAAGUAGGUGACGCGAAAAUGUCUGUCGGAUGAGUGCGGGUGUCUGAUAACUAUGGAUGCGAUACAUGUUGUCAUGUGUACAGGUGGAUAUCGGUGCAUGGCCUGGGCAAAGAGGGUGGUGAUAUUGGCAAUGCGGUGCGGACGGCUCUCCUGUGCUCGUAUGGAGGCGGGCGGAAAAAGGAACAGGUAGCGCAAGCAAAGAGCUCGGAUGGACACAAACAACAUUGGUAUUUCCUUUCGUCUCAGCUGGACCGCCAUCGAGAUGACAUCCUCAACCCGAAGACGCUUGUAGCGGUGACGAACUGAACGCACGGCGUUCAUUGCAAGGGACGACCUUGUGCGGCCGGCUUUUGUGCAGGUGGGUGUUCCCGGCCGAGUGAAGAGGGUGCUGGAGCAGGGCGUGUUCCGUUUCCGUCGAGGCUGCUCACCUCUGGUGCUGGUCGACAUGCAGCCCAACGUCAAGUCAAUGAACCUACUCACACUGCCCGAAACUAGGUUGGUGUGAGUGAAGAUACAAGGAGACUGCCUGUGUGGCUCUUGUCAAUUGUCUGUGCGUGUGCGUGUGCGUGUCUGUGCAGGCGUGAUCUGGUGGCGCUGCUAGAGGUCUUGACAGCGGAGAGGGAAAGGGCAGCUGGGCCGCUCAACCUAGCCUUCUUCUGAUAGUGAUGGUGUAGGUGUGCCGUGUGUGUGUUGACGAAUGCGAGAUGCUGGC